AAAUGGGGUACUUUUUUCACCACUGAGAAGAUGCAUUGUAUUGUAGAAAUAGGCGCGGUUUAUGACUUUGUGAAUUUGGUAACUAGUGACGUCCUGGUUUUAUUUUUACAGCAGAUCUUGCGCACUGUCCUGUGGCUGACUACACUGUUGGGUUGCAACCUGCAACCACUACCGCUACAGCGAGGUACAGAAGAAUGGAAAACUCGUUAAGACAACGAAGAGGUCUUCAGGUUACUAUUUCUCUUUAAUACAUUUGGAAACAUUUCAUGUUCUGCAGUCUUCCUCGGAUAUGGUAUGCCCAAUAAUAUAACUUGAACCCUAUGUGCCAUACCAGUGGAUGACAGAUCUCUGUGAGGGAGGGAUGGAUGACCUGUGGAGUAUAACGACUUUGUUGCUGCAGGUGUGGUUCUCCGUGAUGAUUGGGCUCAUCAUGAUACCUGCUAUGUUUGGCCUCUCCCUGGGGGUCACUUCGGUCUAUAUUCAGAUUCUGGUCAAGAUAUUGGAGUGGGCCACCCUGCGGAUCCAGAGAGGACACAGGGAUCGACCCACUCUGCCAGUGCCUGCUCCGCUACCCAAUGGACUCAUCCAGAGGGAGGGUGGCUCUAUGGAACAGGAGAUGGGGGAGCUGCGUCGGUAUCGUACCCAGUCCAUAUCGAGGGGAGAGUUUGCGCUGAGCGACUCAUUCUACUUCUACAGAAAGGGCCUGGAGAGCAUCGUGGAUGACCAGGUCACUCAGCGCUUCUCCUCUGAGGAGCUGGUCUCCUGGAACCUCCUGACCCGCACCAACCACAAUUUUCACUACAUCAGCCUGCGCCUCACCAUCAUCUGGGGCCUGGGCGUGAUCAUACGUUACUGUGUCCUUUUCCCUCUCAGGAUAACCCUGGCAAUCAUAGGGAUUAGCUGGCUGGUGAUCGGGACAACUUUGGUGGGGUUUCUACCUAACAGGAGAGUGAAGAACUGGCUCAGUGAGUUAGUCCAUCUGAUGUGCUAUAGGAUCUGUGCCAGAGGCCUCUCUGCCACCAUCCAAUACCACAACAAAAAUAAUAAACCACAAAAAGGAGGAAUAUGCGUAGCAAACCACACCUCACCUAUUGACAUUGUCAUUUUGGCCAAUGAUGGAUGCUACGCUAUGGUGGGUCAAAGUCACAGUGGGCUGAUGGGGGUCAUCCAGAGAUCAAUGGUGAGGUCCUGCCCCCAUGUGUGGUUUGAGAGGUCGGAGAUGAGAGACCGGCAUGCUGUUACCAGUAGAUUGAGGGCUCAUGUUGCAGCGAAGCGCAAUCUACCCAUUUUGAUUUUCCCAGAGGGAACCUGCAUCAACAACACAUCAGUCAUGAUGUUCAAGAAGGGAAGCUUUGAGAUUGGAGGGACAAUAUACCCAGUUGCAAUCAAGUAUGACCCACGCUUUGGAGAUGCCUUCUGGAACAGUGCCAAGUACAACAUGGUGAGCUACCUACUCAGAAUGAUGACCAGCUGGGCCAUCGUGGUCAAUGUGUGGUACCUGCCCCCAAUGACCAGACAGGAAGGGGAAGAUGCUACCAAGUUUGCCAACCGAGUGAAGUCUGCUAUUGCACAUCAGGGAGGGCUGUUGGACAUGGCGUGGGAUGGGAGCUUGAAGAGAGACAAGGUGAAAGAAGAAUUUAAAGAGCAUCAACAGAAGAUGUACAGCAGUAUGGUUGUGGGAACGAAAGCUAGAAACUCACAAGAGCCUCACACAGAGAGCACCAAGAGCUAAUGAAUGACAUUGGAAUUAACACUGGACAAUCUCUGACAGUGGGCGAUAACUUCAAAGUAUUUUACAUACUACAAUGCAUACGGACUGAAGUAAUUCCAAAUCAAUGGCCUUUGUUAUUGAAUACACGGAUUCAUUAUAAUUGUGUAGUAUCAGACUCUGAUACGCAACAUAUAGUUUAUCCGUUUUUAAUGCAUGAAAUGCCUUUUUUUUAAAGAAUUGUUUUAUAGAAACUUAAACAUAUCAAACUUAACUGCAAGUAGUACUAAUCUGUAUGAUAUUAAAUUAUCUGAUAAUGUUACAGUAAUACUACGUUUUCAGAUUGCACUAAACUUAACAUUAUUCAAGAAUGUGUUUACGUUGACACAGAAUUUGUACUGGUAUUAGUAUUCAUUUGUGCAAUUUUCUUUCUUAUGUUACGAUAUGCUCCUUACAAUGCAACUCCUUACCCUAAAUAGCCCCCUACAAUAUACACUGAGUGUACAAAACAUUAAGGACAUCUGCUCUUUCCAUGACAUAGACUGACUGACCAGGUGAAAACUAUGAUCCCUUAUUGAUGUCACUUGUUAAAUCCACUUCAAUCAGUGUAG